AUGGAUGGUACAGCAUUGUACGAGGCAGUUGCUGCAAUAUACAUCUCCCAGUGUGUUGGGAUGGACCUUUCUCUGGGUCAGAUUAUUCUCGUCAGCCUGACUGCGACGCUUGCAAGCAUUGGGGCCGCUGGAAUUCCUCAAGCAGGAAUUGUUACGAUGAUUAUGGUUCUGAUCGCGAUAGGCCUUCCUUCGAACCUUUUCAUCCUGAUUUUCCCAGUGGAUUUCUUUUUGGAUAGAAUUCGCACAACCGUGAACGUUCAUGGGGACAGUAUCGGAGCUGCCGUUGUGGGGAAGCUUUGUGAAAAGUAUCUGAAGCAAGGUAAAGGAGUCGUUCGUCUACUUUUACAGCAUAUUUUUGUAAGACUGCUAAGUCACCGGUGGGCCCUGGUUUAUCCAUCCGCAACAUGCGACCCACCCGGAGGCUUGUACUGGAUUACCAAAGUUUAUCUUCUCUUUUCCUCUCUAUUUCCUUCACAUUAUGCAGUUUUUUGGUUAUCAAUCAAGAUAGUGAUUAAAAGUGCUAAGAUGAGCAAUCUUGUCAAAGCAAUGGAGAAAAGUCUUAAAAAGAAGAGAACUUGA